UGUCGAGACUGCUGUGACGUAAAGAGUUCUGCGGUUCUGCGGUUCUGCAGCUGGGGAUUGUUGGGGAGCAGCAGCUCAUUCUCAUUUAAAGGGGACAUACACUUAAACAGAGCGUUUUGGCUCAUACCCUAAAAGUGGCAAUUUCAACAAGCUACAAAAAAAAAUUAUCUGUGGGGUGUUUUGAGGUAGUACUUCGCAUAUACACUCUGGCGACAUCAGGGAACAAUUUUAAAUAUUAUAUCAAUGCAUUCUAUGGCACCUUUAACUUGAAAAAAUGACGUUAACAGCUGCUAUACAUGUGAUCAGACAUGGCAGAACAAAGUCCAGCCAAAAAACUAAGGAAACAGGUCAAGGGCUUUCUGUGCGACGUGAGCCCCGUAAAAGACAAUCAUUUUGAUGCCGUUCUUCAACAUGAAGGUGGAAAUAGUAAAGUUGUGGUCUUCAGACCGGAAGAUCACAUGCACUUCCACAACGCUGAAAAAACACGGAGCUUAGUUACACUAGAUGACGUGGUUUUACCGUCGUCAGUGGAUUCCAGCAGAAGCAUGGACAUCUUCUACACUCACAGCUCGAAAAUGUCCUGCGUCCGUGACCUCGGAGAAGCAUUUAACAGCAGCUUUUCUGCUGGAUCACAAGCUGUGCAAUUGUCUGAACUCCUUAAACUGCAUACAAAACCAAAGAGGGUGAACAUCAAUGCAAAGAUUAUCCAGGAGCUGCGCAGGGGAAUCGGUGUUGUAUGGGAUGGACAGAGUCUUCCAAAAACUGAAUAUACUGUAGCAGAUACCACAGGCUCCAUGAGUCUAAUGGUCUGGCGUGAGCACAGCAUGACUGUGGGUGAAUGGUACAGCAUCACAGGCGUCUCUGUGAGAGAGAUCAGGGGAAAGACAUCCCUAUCAACUACCAUAGACACACAGAUCGUCAGCAUCCCAUCUCAAGGUACAGCAGCUGCUGUUCAAGUGACAUCCCCAUCAACUACCAUAGACACACAGAUCGUCAGCAUCCCAUCUCAAGGUACAGCAGCUGCUGUUCAAGUGCCGACAGAAACUAUCAGAUGUGACAUCCUUGGUGCAAACAUUAAAAAUGUCUUAAUUUGUCCUCGUAAACACCAAAUGAAGAGUGUGACACUGUCAAGCCCAACUCUAUAUUGUAUCUCAUGCAACACACAUUACAAAAGCACUGCCAUCGGGAUGAACUUUAGUGGUCACCUGGAUCUUAAACCAGGAACAGGAAAUGUUAUGAAGGCUAAGAUUGAAGACGAGGUCAUAAGGUCGGCGCUCACAGUCAAUCCCACUGCAUCACCAAAGGACAUUAUUAAGAGCUUCAUUGCUCUGCCGCCCAUGCAGAUUACAAUUCACAAGAACGUCAUUGUAAAGAUGGAAGAUGUUCCUCAGAAGACUGAUAUCAAGUCUGAAGAUGAGCUUCCUGUUAAAGCUGAACCUGUGGAAGAAUCCGAGUUUCAUUCACCCCCAGAUUAUGGCUUUCUAUUCAGUUCACAAGUCAGAAAAAGAAAAUUUACUGACUGACUCUAAUCAUAGAAAAUCAGAACUUCCCAUUACUGUAUUAUUCAUGACUUCAGAUAAAAUCAGUAUAAAGACUAAAGUCUAACAAAGACUACCAGGAUGUCUAAAUACUUCAAA